AACAUUACUACCAAUACUCGGAAUCAACUUGCUUCCGAGCAGAAAGCAAAGAUGGAGCCUCGCGUUACCAAUGAGACGGACCAUAAGCACGACGACCAAGUAUACUCGGCCUCCGCGCGCCAGCUUCGGUUUUGAGCUAGAAUUCCUGGUGCCUCUAAACCCAAGGAAAGUUGAAGCAGACGACAGCAUCUCUGGCCUUGCGCCAGUCGCGGGCCACCUUGAUGGCGUAACAGCAGUUUUAGAAUUGCUACGAGAUCAUAAUUUCUAUGCAAGGACGGUAGAAGCGAGUUAUGUCCCAAAGAAGUCUGAAACGAAGAGAUAUCCAUGGAUCGUCACGACAGACGGCUCAGUGUCAGAGUCUGGAACAGAAUGGAAGAAUGAGGCCUAUGCGUGGGAUGCGGUGGAGAUAGCAAGCCCACCGAUGUAUGCUUGCGAUGAGGCAUACUGGCUUAUCUUGCGUCUUCGGGUCAAUACCUCAUGUGGCUUCCAUGUUCAUGUCGGCAAUGGGCCCCAUCAGAUGGACAUGCAUGCAUCGAGAAACCACGCGGCCCUCCAGUGGGCAUCCGACCCGGUGCUAUCUACUCUCCAUUGCCCAGCGCGAAGUUUUGCUCGUUACUCCAAGUCUAUCCGACGCUUUACUGGUAUUGAGUUGAGUGACAACGUAACUGCAGAUAUGGCACGGCGAGAAGUCACGGGGCUGAAUUUUGUACCUCGAUAUAUUUCACGGGCGAGGAAACUCGGAGGAGAUCCUGUUGCUUCUAGUGUGACACUGAUCGAACCUCUUCGCGAAGCCCGCGAGAAGGAAGACGAUGGAAGAUUCCUGGAUCCUGAGUGUGAAAGUGAUGAUUCCGACUACGAGUGCGAAGACGGUAGACCUUUCGAUCGACCAAGGAAGGCCAAGAGAGUUCGGCGAGAAGUUCGUUAUAUGCCCCAUUUAGAUGAUGAAUCUAACUGUACCCGUCGUGAUCUACCUCCACAGCUCGAUUUUCCAGCCUCCCAGUCAACCGCUUCUUGUAGGUCAUCUGAUGGCGUGCCUUUGCUAGACGAGCAACGGAAGAAACUAAAAGCUGUAUCAAGGCAAGCGGACAUCCCGUCACCCGUUUAUGAUAUGGAUCAUGACAAAGGUGGUGAUGAUGAUGACUCACUGAAAGCCUCAAAGGUUGCUUGGAGAGGAGCCGCACAUCUCAUGUGUGACAAUACCACUUUGGAGAAAUGUUACAGUUACAACUGGAAAGGUCAGUUGAUGGGAGAGAUACCGCCCUUGAUAAGAAAGGAGACUCACGGCACUGUCGAGUCUCAGCUCGCAGCCGGUAGCCUCUAUGCCGAAUGGAUCGUCACCUGGAUUAAGAUACAGUGUCGUAUGCUCGAGUGGGCACGAGAUGCGGAACCUUCACAGCUCAUGCGUGUCAUUGGCAAGCUCUCCCGGGACAACGUAUCUCGCGAGUACACAUACGAUAUCUUAAACUUCCUGAGGGAUCUCGGCUCCGAUAAGCAGGAUUCGGGAGACACUUGGGGAACUCCUGAUCAAGACUGGGGAGCCUUUGGUGAGGGAUUGGACGACAAGUGUCGUUCAAUAGAAGUUAACCGGCUCUCCUAUUAGAUGGGCAUGAUCAGCCAAGUUGCUUAUGUGUUUUCUUUUUUCC